ACAAGCGCACAUAAUCGCUAUAUUUCAGGCAAUUCAAGAUGGCAGCGCCCAUAGGUGAACUUAUCACGUUGAGAUUUGUUAAACAAAUAACAAUUGAAUUCUGUCCAUGGGAGAAAAACGUGCGAUCUGUUAGGCAAUUUCUAAGCUACAUUGGAAACAACAAAGUGAGGAAUACAAAUCAGAAAUGCAUUUUAAAGACCAAUAUUAAGCACGAUGGAACUGCUCCUACAGUUCACAUUAAUUAUGCUGAUGGCCAGAAUCUUCUCUUCAAGACCUCUCACCUGUCAUUGGCUGAAAUGGUCCAGAAAUUUGCAGAAUUGAACGAGAUUAGGCUGAAUAAAGAAACAUCAGAAAGCUAACAGGAGGAACACUUCACACGAGUGUUGAUAAGGAUACAAAGUUUAAGUUGUGUGAAGUCUGCUUUUUAUUCGCUUCAGUAAGAAAAGAAUGAUUCCAUACACUGAUAUGAACUUGGGAGUUGGGAUAUCAUAUGUACAAGGAGUGAGAUCUCUCUUGGAGAUUUAAGUGUGAAGUGAAAUAUUAUAGCAAAAUAUUAUAGCAAAAAAAAGCAAGAAGUAUGCCAACCCAUUGUGCUAAACAUGGAUGGAUAUAUUCUUCUACAGUAAGAUUCAUAUGAUCCAAUCUAAUUGUCUUCCUGCUUGUAAGUCAUAGAAAUAUCUAAAGCAAAUUAGGAAUGAUGCAGUUUGCAUCAAAUAACAAGUACCACAAAUUGAUUUAUGGCAAUUCAUUGCAGACUUC